UCGCGGCAUGGCGUCGGCCUGGUUGUGUGUCGCCGCGAAUUUUAGAUAAGGGUGAACGCCUUAUCGGGCCACGCGUAUCGCCAGUCGAGGCGCAGAUGAAGCGUCUACAAGCGCGAAUGCAGGCAAAUCCGUAAAACAGGUGAGAAGCCGAGAGUACAGUGGCGUGUGUAGGUCGUUAGUAAUUGCACAAGAAUUCGGGAAUUCUGGGAGCUCGCCGUCAGCGGGGCGAGCUGCGUCAUGGCGGCAAAUUUUAGUUGAAAAUCAAUAUUUCUACGGGGUUGAGUAGAUUUUGCGAGGAGACCCGAUUGUACACAGACCGUCGCGGAGCUGGAGCACAAUUUUGAGUAGAAGACAGCUCGGCCUCGACCAUAUUCCUCGGCAUUCUUUCGCCUUGAAUGGUAGUGUACAGUGUUAGCGAGUUAUCAUGGCGGCUACAGUCAGGUGCAGCAGUAUGACUUUAGUAUGUUUUUCCAUCACAAGAUUGGACACAAGGACCUGCAGUUAAUACCACUGGUUUUGUUACUGGGAACUCGGUGACGGAAGUUGAACAUAUAAUCCAGAAUGAACAAACGGCGUAGGACAUCUUCUGUGGCCAGUCGUGGCACGGAAGAUGAUUCGGAAGAAGUCCAGCCUGAACCUACGAAGAGACGAAAGAAACUUGAUCCUAGUGACCUUUGUCAACAAUUAUAUGAUAUCCUUCGCAACCAAAAGAAGGAAGAUGGAUCUCUCCUUUGUGAUGCAUUUAUUCGUGUGCCUAAGAGACGGCAAGAACCAGGCUAUUACGAAGUUGUGUCCAAUCCUAUAGAUCUUCUGAAGGUUCAACAAAAACUCAAAACUGAUGAGUAUCGUGACAUGGAUGAUUUAGCAUCUGACAUUCAACUGAUGGUUAAUAAUGCUAAGGCUUUUUAUAUGCGCACAUCCACUGAGUAUAAGGAUGCCACUGAAUUAUGGGAAUUAUGUGUAAAUACAAAAAAUCGAAUUUCUGAAGAAUACGAAGAUCCUGAACCAAAGGGAAAAAUAAUAUUAAAAGUUGGCAGAUUGGCUCGGAAGGCUGCAAUGAAGCAAGAGGAAAUUGAGGAUACUUCUGAAAGCUCGACAAAUCCAGAUGAAGAAUCAAUGCAACCUUAUGAAGACUUGUUUACGGCUGUUAUGACAGCUACAGACCCCAUAGAUAAUAACAGACCUUUACAUACAAUGUUUCAACUAAAGCCAUCUAAAAAGUUGUAUCCAGAAUAUUAUGACGUUAUUGAAAAUCCAGUGGAUCUCAAGACUAUAGCAAAAAAAAUUCAAGAGAGUGCCUACGGAUCUCUUUCAGACAUGGAAAAGGAUUUGAUGCUCAUGUGUCGGAAUGCCUGCCAGUUUAAUGAACCUGGUUCUCAAAUUUACAAAGAUGCUAAGCUGCUGAAGAAAAUUAUUGUUGCUGCUGCGAAGAAACAAGACUCAGGAUCUGGAGGCAACAUGUCGAAAAUGUCGUCUACAGCUCCUUCUACUAGAAGCAAAAGGGGCAGUCGUGGAGUAGCGCAAGCUUUAAUCGCUCAAACAGCAACAUUGCCAGAUGAAGACGAAGAAAGUGACGACGAAGAAGAAGACACUGCUGAAACUGAAGAGUCUGAUAAUCCUCAAUGGCAAUUAUUCCAAACUAUUAGAACUGCGCCUAAUAACCAAGGUAUACGAAUGAGCGAGUAUUUUUGGAAACUGCCGUCCAAGCGUCUGUAUCCUGAUUACUAUAAAAUGAUAAAGAAUCCAAUAUCACUGUUGCAAAUUCGUACCAAAAUAAAGAAAGGAGAAUAUGGCACUGUUAGUGAAGUGGCAGGCGAUAUGAAUAUAAUGUUUGAAAAUGCGAAAAAAUACAACAUUCACACUUCUAGAUUAUAUAAGUGUGCUGUGAAAUUGCAAAAGUUAAUGCAAGAAAAGGUACAGGAAUUACUUGAGUUUGAUCAGGACUCUGAAUCUGAGAGUGAAUCAGAAAAUAAUUCACAACAGCCUAAACUCAUUAAACGAGCCUCUAACUUACUAACUCGAGGGAAAUAUAAAGAUAAUAUACCUUUAAAGAAGAGGUUACAUGCUCUAGUCAAAUGCGUCAUAGAAUACUGUGAAGAUGGCCGACAACCAAUGUUGAUGUUCAUGGAAAAACCAUCUAAAAAAUUAUAUCCAGACUAUUAUCAAGUAAUUGCAGAACCUAUUGACAUGCUAGGUAUCGAAGCUAAUAUCAAAGCUGAAAAGUAUCAGAGUGAAAAUGAAUUGAUCCAAGAUUUUAAGUUAAUGUUUAACAAUUGUCGGCAAUACAACGAAGAAGGUUCGCUUAUUUAUGAAGAUGCGAAUACUUUAGAGAAGGUACUAAUGGAUAAGGUGAAAGAAUUGGGUCCGUUACCGGAGCCAGUGAAACCAGUAAAGUCAACUGCGUCUACACCAACAAGAAAUGUUGGGAGACCGAAAAAAGUGGUGCCGUUGCAUAUGCAAAAGUUACGCACAAUGUACGACACGAUAAAGGACUUCCGAGAUGUGAAAGGAAGGCAAUUGUCUUUGAUAUUCAUGAAACUGCCAAAUAAGAACGAAUAUCCUGACUAUUACGAAGUUAUUAAACAACCAAUGAACAUGGAAAAAAUCGCAUCCACCUUGAAGAAUAAUGGUUACGAGAGUCUGGAAGAGAUAGUAUCAGAUUUCAUAUUAAUGUUUGAUAACGCCUGUAAAUAUAAUGAGCCAGAUUCGCAGAUUUAUAAGGAUGCCUUAAUAUUACAACGGUUAGUACUUCAAACUAAAUUGCAAUUAAGCGAGGAUGAGGAAAGUGUCCCUGAUGUAUCUGCUGCGGUUCAGGAACUGUUGGCAACAAUAUUCACAGCCUUAUACAAUCAUCAAGAUGAGGAGGGACGCUGUUACUCUGAUUCUAUGGCUGAACUUCCUGAGCAUGACAUAGUAGAUGGCAAAAAGGUACGAGGCUUAUCACUGGAUCUCAUUAAAAGAAGAUUGGACAGGGGUGCUUACAAGAGGCUAGAUAGAUUUCAAGAAGAUGUUUUCACAUGCCUUGAGAGAGCUCGUAAACUUUCCCGAACGGAUUCUCAACCUUUUGAGGAUAGCGUUGAACUUCAGGCAUUCUUUCUCCGUACGCGAGAUGAAGCUACUCGUGGAGGAGACCUGUUGCAUUCACCGGCUCUUAAUUACACCCUUUUGGAUCUGUCCGCCCAAGUUGCAGAACUCAAACGCGUAAAACUUCAACAAGAAGCAGCCUUACCAACUGAGGAUGAAAGUUGCGAUGGGAGCGAAUCUAAAGAAGGAGCUGGUACUAGUAAUUCCAGUAGUGGUAAUAUUACGGAAAAUGGAGGAUCCAUGAGUUUUAAUCAAGAAGUAUACAGAGCUGGCGAUUUUGCAUACAUAGAACCUACAGAGCGAGGAAUGGAGUACAGUGUUGUUCUUAUAGAACGUUUGUGGACCAAUGCUGAAGGACAACAAAUGUUAUAUGGAAAUCUGUUCUAUCGUCCUAGUGAAACAUACCAUGUUGCAUCUAGAAAGUUCCUAGAUAAGGAAUUAUUUAAAAGCGAUGCGCACGUAGCAGUACCUUUGGCAAAGGUAGCAGGAAGAUGUUGCGUUUUAAGUGUUAAAGACUACUUUAGAAUGCAACCUGAUGGAUUUCCCGAAAAGGAUGUAUAUGUAUGUGAAUCUCGGUACUCUACGAAAGCAAGAGCAUUCAAGAAAAUCAAAGUGUGGAAUUUUGACCCUGAUCAUUUAAAAUUGGUUCAAAGAGAGAAGCCUCUAGAACCUAAACGUGUCAUUUCAGUCUAUAAGGAACGACUGGAAAAACAUAAGGAAGAAAUUGCUGAGCUAGAAGAAGGAGAGAAACUCAUAGAGAAAGAGAGACCUAACGUGAUACUGUUCAGUCAGGAGGACUCUGACAAUUCGUAUUAUGAACAGUAUAAUACAUGUGCGGGAACUGUGAAAACCGGAGACUUCGUAUAUGUUGCAACUGAUGGAGGCAGACAACAAAUUGCACAAAUAGAUUCGCUGUGGUCAACAAAAGAUGGGAAGUGCUACUUCAAGGGUCCUUUCCUGUUAACUCCAUCAGAAGUCCCUCAUACGCCUACGAAGUUGUUCUACAAGCAAGAAAUGUUCUUGUCCACCGUCGAAGGAACUCAUCCUAUUGUUGCCAUUGUCGGAAAGUGUGCAGUACUGGACUAUGGCGAAUACGUGUGCAGUCGACCGACAGAGAUCCCUGAAGACGAUGUCUUCAUUUGUGAGUCCACAUAUGACGAGAGUAAAAACCUCAUGAAGAAACUUGGCACCGAAGGAUUGAAGAAGUUUAACCACUCUUCUGCCGUGACGGAUGACGAAAUCUAUUUCUUCCGCAGACCCAUUAAUCCUGCUAAGGUACCAAGUGACGUGGCUCAGUCUCAAGCCCAAACGAAAUCCGUCGUGCCUACAACAGCUCACUUUGAAAUGGACGCAUCCCCGUUGCUACCGAAGCUGGAUCCCGAUGUGCUAGGCAUGGGAGCGGGAUUAGGCGUGGGAGUAGGAGUAGGUGCGGGUGAGGACAGCAUGGAUGCUGGCGGUCCACCGUCCGUGGGAUCUACGGAAGCUCAACCGGUGCUCUCCAAUGCUCAGACACCUGUAUCAUCCAAGAAGAAACCGACGGGUAAGAAAUUAGUUACGGGCUAUAUUUUGUAUUCGAGUAAAAUGCGCACGCAGAUUACGCAAAACAAUCCUGACUCGUCCUUCGGGGAGAUUAGCAGAAUUGUUGGCAACGAGUGGAGGAAGCUGCCGGCUGGCGAGAAGCAAGCCUGGGAAGAGAGGGCGGUGAAGAUGAACGAGGACGGCGGACAGAUUAAGGGCAACUCCGGAUCGGGCUUAGGCUCUCCGGAUCAUGUCUACGAGUGCUGCUGGGACAAUUGCGACUGGCAAUUCGAGGACAUGACCGACUGCAUCGAUCACUGUAUCGCCGAGCAAAACGGACAUGUCCAGAACUACUUUGCCAGUGCCCCUAGCGGUUCCUUUUCAGAUGUCGAGUACCAAUGCCAGUGGCGUGGCUGUGGACGCAUGAAGAAGUCGGUUCCUCCCUUCCCGAGUGUACAGAGACUAGCCAGGCACGUCAAGGAGGUCCACAUCCUGAAAGGAAACGGACGCGUUAUUCCUCCCGCGGAGCGCAGCAAAUUCUUACCUCAUUCCAGGAAUUACGUAGCCUCGAAGGGACCUACCGUCCUGCCACCCAUGGAGACGGAAACUUCAGCGGCCGCUACCCAAACCAGCAUUGUACCUAUUGUUAAGCAACCGGAGCCCAUGUUCGUCGCUGUUCCACCUCGACCUAGUCGCGUGCUACAUUCAGAUGCGUACUUGAGGUACAUCGAGGGCCUGAACGUGGAGAAUCGCUACAUAUCAAACUGGGACAAACAGAUGAACGCCACCUCUGAGAACACGCAGAUUCCGGAAGUGACGAAACUACCUGCCGAGUGGCUCGGAAAUGGCGUUGGCAACCACGGGAACGUGGUUAACGCCCUGUGGACACUCAGGAACAUGAUGAUGCGCGACGUGCUAGCUAUCAAUAAAACUUUAUAGUUUACUACUCGUUAAGGGAGUACGCGCAAUCUCGUACGGGCGACGUUAGUGGAAGGACGGUCUCUUCUCCAGGCUACAUCAAUGCUAGGUGACGGAGAGCAACAUGGAUAUGCGUUCGUUUAGUCGGUACCAUAAGAACAAUCGCGUUGUUUCUUCUUAGCUCGUACACCGUAAACGUCAAGUCACGUCUGCCUUUGUACCUGAUUUCCGGCAACAAUGCACAUGUAACGCGUCUAUUCGUUUGAUCGGGAGACUCCGCAGUUGUAUAUAUUCAUCGGAAGGCUAACUCACUUUCUCCUUAGUGUAAUUAAUCGGCUAGUGUAUAAGUGUCUCCAUGAGAGAAGGCGGAUCCGUGAUGGUACUUGGUUUUUUUUUUCCUUCGUGUCGUGGGGUCUUGCAGUAGCCAGAUUCGGGAUUUUUCUAGGACUGUUUGGGAACUGUUCAUCUAGCAUUGACCGCCUGACGUGUCUUGGAAUCAUCCGGUAUGCGACUAUCGGGGUGUCGCGAGUUACACUUAAGGGUGUAAUUAAGAACUGCGAGUUGGUAUUAAUUUUUUAGAUUAAAAUCGAAUUGAGAUUGUUAUUUUUACUUGUACUUUGGAUAUACAUUUGUAUCGUCAAAUGAACGCGAUUCGUGAAACGAAA